UCACAAUCUCAAACACAAAUCCUUACUAGCAACAAAGAAAAACAGCCAACUAACUACAACAAAGCCAAAGGAAAUCUAAAAAACAAAAAAAAAAACUUCUCUUUCAAACUGAAAAAAAUGGCUGAUCAGUUCUUGCAAAACAUGAGACAGUCUUUCUCUUUUCCAGAUAUUUAUCCGAGCAUCGAAUUCUCGAAUCAAUUUCCUGGCCCGAAUCCUUUUAGUAGCCCGUUCGAUUUUCCGAGUGACAGCAAUUUUUUUCCCCACUUAAUAUCUGAAGGCCCUGAUCAAAACCUGGAAAAAUUCCCUGGAUUAUUUACAAUCCCUGAUGAAAUUACUGCAGUAACUUCUUUUACCGAGCCCGUGAAUUCAAAGGUCGAUCGUAAAGACCUGAAGAGGAAAACACCGGUAAUGGACACACCACAAAGCAGUUAUGCAAAUAAAUCGACAAAACGUGCUGGAAAAGGAAAGAAAGUGAAAGUCGAAAAUACUGAAGAAGAAAAGCCGAGGGAAGUUGUUCAUGUUAGAGCCAAAAGAGGCGAAGCUACUGACAGUCAUAGCUUAGCAGAAAGAGUGAGAAGAAGAAAAAUCAACGAGCGAUUGCGAUGUCUGAAAGACAUUGUCCCAGGAUGCUACAAGACAAUGGGAAUGGCAGUAAUGCUGGAUGAGAUUAUCAGUUAUGUUCAGUCAUUGCAAGGUCAAGUUGAGUUUCUUUCGAGGAGGCUCACCACAGCUAACACUUAUUACAACUCCAGUACAGACACAGAUGCCAUGGCCACAAUAAUUGAUUCAGCUCAAUUUGCACAAUCGGGCCUCGAUUUCUACUAUUUUCCUCAGUUACCACACAACAUAUGAAGAGUUUCAUUGUCACUUGUGCAACAAAUCAAAGAAUUAUAUAUUUAUACUCAUUUUUCAUACUCCAAAUUUACAUUGUAACCAAUUUGUUCGUAGUUAAAUGUUUAAUCAGGGUAUUUAGGAUAAAAAGAUACAAAUAAUUUUAUAUUAUUAUAUCUCUGAAGUUUGAAGUAAUUACUAAGAGUUGAUUUGUUCUUUGUAUUUGUUUGUUUGUGUUAAUGAUUUUCAAGUGGGUGUGUUGAACUGUUUGUCACAAGGAAUUGACUGUUGAACAACAGACACCAAAUAUAUUUUAUUAUUUUAAUAUGUAUUUUGUUAUAUAAUAAAUAAUGAUAUGUUUC